AUGGCAGCACCCUCAACUCGACAAUGGGGCGUCACGCCUCCGAUCUCUACUGUCCUACCGACCACAGAUGAGCUGGCUGCAAAUGAUGAUUUGAUUGCGGAGCUGAAGGCCCAGAACAACUUCGAGAGUCCCGCGGAGACCGAGCGAAGGAAACAAGUCCUCGAAUUGAUCCAGCGCGUCAUGCUCGAGUUCGUCAAAACCGUCAGUCGGAAAAAGGGGCUCUCCGCAGCCGCGGUCGAUGCGGCCGGGGGGAAGAUUUUCACUUUUGGAAGCUAUCGCUUAGGCGUUUAUGGGCCCGGAUCGGAUAUCGAUACCUUGGUGGUUGGCCCGAAGCACGUUUCGAUUGAUGACUUUUUUGCCGAGUUCCCCUCCGUCCUAGAGAAGUUGGCUCCAGCCGGUGCCAUUGAGAAGAUGACCCCGGUCCCAGAUGCCUUCGUUCCCAUCAUCAAGCUCGAAAUGUCCGGGAUCAGCAUUGAUCUAAUCUUUGCCCGUCUCAUGGUUCCGUCUGUUCCGAUCAACCUCGACCUAAAGAACAAUGACUAUCUGAGGGGGCUGGAUGAACGCGAGGCCCGGUCGCUGAACGGCACCCGUGUAACCGACGAAAUUUUGGAACUUGUUCCUCAACAGAAGACCUUCCGCUUCGCAUUGCGUGCGAUUAAACUUUGGGCGCAGCGCCGAGCUAUCUACUCCAACAUUGUGGGCUUCCCCGGUGGUGUUGCCUGGGCAAUGCUUGUUGCACGCGUCUGUCAACUCUAUCCGCAGGCUACUGGAUCUGUGAUUGUGGGCAAGUUCUUCCGUAUCAUGAACAAGUGGGCCUGGCCUCAGCCCGUCCUGUUGAAGCCAAUCGAAGAUGGUCCUCUGCAGAUGAAAGUGUGGAAUCCGAAGAUAUACCACGGUGAUCGAUUCCACUUAAUGCCUAUCAUCACCCCCGCCUACCCCUCCAUGUGCGCGACACACAAUGUGUCACUGUCGACCAAGUGUGUUCUGCUCCGCGAGCUCCAGCGUGGCGGUGACAUCGUGGACAAGAUUUUCAUGAAGCAAUUGACUUGGAGCGACUUGUUCGCGCGCCACACAUUCUUCACGAAGGACUAUAAGUAUUACCUCAGUAUCACUGCUUCGAGCAAAACCAAGGAAGCAGAGGCUGUGUGGUCCGGUCUCGUCGAAUCGAAGAUUAGACUUCUGGUGGGGGCCUUGGACAGAAAAGCGACUAUCGCAGUGGCUCACCCUUUCCCCAAAGGGUUUGAGCGCACCCACAUCGUCGCCAAUGAGGCAGAGCUGGAACAAGUUAAAAACGGGUCGACCAAAUACCAGGACAAAGGCAUCAAAACCGAAACCACUGACGAGCAGAAUGAUGCAACCCAUCAAGCUGUAGCUCUGAAUGGGGUGGAGAGCGAAAACGCUGAAGUCCCGGAGGCUGCUCAGAAAAAAGCGAACGGCGACAGUCGGACCAUCUACACCACCACUUACUACAUCGGCCUGGAACUGAAACUCGAGCCAGGUGCGUCCCGGUCGUUGGAUAUUUCCACCGACGCACAGAUCUUCAAAUCCACCUGCACGUCCUGGGCUGGGUAUCAACCCGGUAUCAACGAUCUGGCCGUUACGCACAUUCGCAACUUCGACAUGCCCGACGAUGUCUUCCAACCUGGCGAGACCAGACCGACACGACCCAAGAAGAAGGUUGUCAAGAGGGUUGACGGCGUCAGCGGUCAGAAGCGCACCCUCGAAACCAUCGACGUAAGUGCAUAUAAGAGCGUUAAGACAAACCACGAUCAGCGAACCACCCGCCAUGAGUAA